AUGUUGGAAAGACGCUACGUAGAUGACAUCUACGGUGGAGCAGACAACGAAGAAGACGCUAUCAGAGUUGCAGUGCAAACAAAAGCACUGUGCGCAGCAGGCUGCUUCCCGCUUGCCAAAUGGGCUAGCAAUAGUCCAAGACUACUCGCUGAAGUCGCUUCAGAAAAGCAGCUAGAAAUACCGCUUAAAGAAAUCAGUGAUGCAUCAGUUAAGGUCCUGGGCAUGUACUGGAAUUCAAACACUGACGCUCUCCAGUUCAAGUACACGCUACCGCCAGAGACACCUAAAACAAAAAGAACUAUUUUGUCUGAAAUCGCUAAGCUGUAUGACCCGCUAGGACUUCUCGCACCAAUUGUCGUCAAAGUCAAGAUCUUCAUGCAAGAUCUGUGA